AUAUCCAGCGGCAUCCGGCCAACGGAGCUCCCCGAUAAGGUCAGGAUCGAGCGGAAUGAACAUGUACUAAGGGAGGGGAUAUGUUUGAGCAACAAGUUAUGACAAGUUAUUUUCCUUGCGUUUAUAUACCUGAUGAUUCUAGUAUUCAGAGACGAGUGCAUGUGAGGUGUUACUGAACUAAUGAGUUUCGAGGACGAAAAUCUAUUUUUAAAAAUGAUGGCUCCAAAAAUGUCCAACCACGUGUUGUCAGUAUGUAUAUUCUGCUUUAUAUGCGCCACACAUACGCCUUGUGCGUCGCAUGCAGCUGUUAAACACCACUCCUUCCACCACAAGGAGUAUAGCGAUCCUAUGUAUUCACCGCUUAUAGAAAAAUUCCACGAUUCUCACCGUGACAACAUACCGAAUCUCGGUAAAAACUCUAACAAUAUUAAAGGAAUAAAUCAUCGAAAAGUAAAACGGAGCAGUGACAGUAACAAUAAAAGCGAUAGUGUAAAUAAUAGUGAUAGUGAUCAAGAUCAUCUUAGAAAAAUAUUUUUAAAAUACGGCGACGGGGAUUUUAUGACGAAAGAAGGUUUCAAAAAGUUCCUAGGGGAUUUGAAUUUGUCACAGUUUGUGAUGAAGGACGAAAAUCACCACCAACAUGAGGACCACGAUAAUAAAGAUACACACGAUUAUUUAGAGGAAAAAAAUACUACUUGUUUUGAGAUCCAACAAAUUGCAACACCAGUAGCAUUAGAAUCUUCAGAUGAAAAGAUUAAUGAAACAUCUUUCUACAAAAUGUGCCCCAUUCUAUUGUACAAUUUAGUAAAUAAAGACUGCAUUAAAAUAAUUGAUGAUCACCAUAUUAUGGAAGACGAAAAUGCCCCAGUGAAUAAUAGUUUUGUAUGGAUGUGUUCCAUACUCGCUAUUGUAAUUAUAAGUGCGUGUGGAGUUCUAUCGUUAGCUAUCAUACCAGUUAUGCAGAAAAGGUUCUACAAACCCCUCAUUCAAUUCCUUGUUGCCCUCGCUGUCGGUACUCUUGCUGGGGAUGCUCUUCUUCAUCUACUUCCUCAUGCUAUGAGUACGACUCACGGCCGUAGUCAUAGUCAUUCACAUCACUCUCAUUUGGUGGAGGAUAACAGUCAUGAUGAGAAUAUACAGAAAGGAUGUGUAGCUAUGCUGGGUCUAACGUUUUUUUUUGUCAUGGAGAGACUGAUAUCACUUUGUGUAAAGUGGUGGAAAGGAAAACAGAAAAAACAUUCUCAUGUUACCGUCAUUGAUGAUAGAAGAGAGAGCAUUGAUCAGAAAAACGAAACUCAAUGCAUGGAUAAAUAUAAUUCUUUUCCUUAUUGUUAUAAGGAUAUAAUGGAUAAUCCACACAAUAAUUUCUGUGAAACAGAUAAAACGGCUACAACAGUAUUGGAUCCUGGUUCAAAAUCUGACUCACAGAAAGUCGCCAAAUCUUCCACUUUAGAGAAGUUGGAACCGAAUAAUCAAAACUUAGAGUGUCCAUCAGAGUUGAAUAUUUGCACUGAAGCUAAUAAAAUGUUAACACCCGAACAUAAAAACGACGAUUAUACUGUGAUAGUAACAGAACACAAAAGUGAACAUCAUGGACAUUCACACAAACACGGACACGUUCAUUCUGCGCCAAAGAAUUUUUCUUCAGUAGCGUGGAUGGUCAUUAUGGGAGAUGGGUUACACAACUUUACUGACGGAAUGGCAAUCGGUGCAGCGUUUUCUGGAAGUUUAGCAGGUGGUUUUUCUACAACGGUUGCUGUUUUCUGUCACGAACUUCCUCAUGAACUUGGAGACUUUGCAAUGUUGUUGAAAGCUGGAAUGACCAUUAAACAAGCUAUGUUUUAUAACAUACUAUCCAGUGUCUUAUGCAUAUUUGGCAAUAUUGCUGGACUUAUACUAGGUAAUACAGAAUAUGCCAGCUCAUGGGUAUUUGCAGCAGCUGCUGGCAUGUUCAUUUACAUCGCCCUUGUCGAUAUGAUCCCAGAAUUGAGUUCAGCCCAUGAAGAUGAGGGUAAUGUGGGUCAAGCGAUUUUACAUUUGGGCGGCUUACUAAGCGGCUUGGGAAUAAUGGCCCUUAUUGCAUUUUAUGAACACGAUUUAAUGACAGUGUUCAGUGAAAAUUAAACUCGAGUGAUACAUUUUUAUUUUCUACUUAUUUUAUAGGGAUAAGAGUGGAGUUUAACAAUCAUAUUGGUUAGUUUUUAAAGAUAGUUGAUGUGCUUUUAGUUUAUAAAUAUAGAUACAAGAUAAACCGUAUAUUAAAUUUGUAGAUAGAAUAAUUUGAAGUUGUUUACAUAACUAUAGAUAGAACCAUCAUUUUGUCCAUAAAUAUUAGGUUUCACUAGUUAUUUUAUUCUGUAUUAACCUUCUACUGCAUAAAUUAUGAAAAAAAAAAUAUUUGAUGGUCGUUUAGGCUUUAUUUGGUAAAAAAUUUACUUCAAAAAUGAAAAAAUUCACUGAAAAAAAAGUACAGUCUUAUAUGGAUUCAUAUAAAGAAUAAAAAAUGAAAUAUAAAUUUAAUUGUUUGUCGUAACAUAAGAAAACCAUGCAUUUUCUACACUUUGUGUAAGUUUUUUGGCCACAAAAUUGACAUUUUUGUUGGUUUUUCAUCCAUUCAAGCAUAUGGUCUAUUUUGUCAGUUCUCACGGAGUUUAAAGGUACAUGGAGCAGGACUUCCGUGCCCAGAAACAGGUGUUCCAUCUCUUCUGUGCUUUACAGAACGCACUCUUUUUUGUGCCAUUACAUUUUUACCCGACUUUCGUAAGUGUUCUGAAACAGCUUGCUUGAAAUCAAAAAGAGACAUGUAAACGUCUGAAUUGUUUUUGCACAAAAGUAUCCAAGCAUACACAACACACAUGUCUAUCAUAUGAAAAAAAUAUUCGUUUAUACCAUUUCUUGGAUCUCAAAUGAAUUCUAUACAAACCACAUAUAGAGUCCAAUAAAUUAGUUUAGUAGUCGUUGGUUCACUUCUCACUUAAAUUGAAAGCAUAUUAACUGGUUUAUUAGCAAACCAUGUUACGGCACCAACAAUCAUCAAUGGGAGCAACCUUUUCAAUGAAAAAUCCGCGUUCUUGUUUUUUCAACUCCUUUUCUUAAGAACUCUGCUCAGGUGCACUAUACCUAGAGGCAAAAAUGUGAUCUUCGUAGGAUGUAUCUGGAGCUUAGUGUUAUUGAACCAAUUAUCAAAAAAGAUCUUUGAUUAACAUUUCUUAGUACUGUUUCAGUAAGACGAGUCACGACAUUGCCGCUAACACCCAUGUCUGGUGCAUAUUCAGCAAAAAUAUCAAAAUCGUAACUAAAUCCUGAAACAAGAACUUGAUUUUUAUAUCCCCAUUUAUGAGGCUUCGCUAGGUUGUAUGGUGGGAAGGUUAUUUUACUAUAGAUAUGAAUAUUAUCAUGCCAAUCAAUUGCUCCAUUUCUUGUUUGGUUAUGUUAGCGGGUUUGUUUAUGUUGUCUUGUACGGACUUAAAAUUAGAUUGAUUUGUUAUAGUUUGUAUGAGAUUCUCAGAAAAUAAAUCUGCCGGUGUUUCAAGUUUUUCAAUAAACUCUGGUAACUGCGCGACACCAAUAAAUUAAAAAUUAUUUUCAUCAAAAGCCUUUAAUGUUUUGGAUUCCCAUUUUAUUUUUUUGCCUUAACUUUUUUCUACAUGGCUGAUGGAGGGUUAGUUUCAUCAUCAGAGCAAUCACUAUCUGUUUUGGGUAUAACAAGAGAUCGUUGAUGACGUUGAAAUUGUCUAGGGGAAACAUAUUCACUAUCAGAAUCAGAAGCUAAUUCAUCACCACUAAGCGAGCCGUCCCCAGAGAUAGUAUUAACAUAUUUGUGAGAGCCAUAAAAACGAACAGGAUCCAUUCUCCACCUCUCCGGAUCUCUUUUGAAAAAUGUGUUUAUAGACACUGAUUGAAUUUCACACAAGCGCUUAGAAAACUGAGGUUAUAUCGACAAUGACGUUAGACCAUAGACAACAAAAAAUAUUUUCGUAAUGCCAACAAAAUAAUUAUAAUGUUCAGCAAGCGUGUAGUUAUUGCUUGUGCGAAAUAACGUGGAAAAAAAUAUUAAAACUGGUGAACAAUAUAUGGAUUUAUCUGCGGUAGAGGGUUAAGACAUAUUUGCAGAUUCUAAAAAUCAGAAACAAUUGUUCCACAUGUCGUAUACCUCAGCUUAUAAGAAAUUGCACUUCAACAUAAAAACAUGGUUAUAAAAGCAGCACACAGGAUGAGUUGUUGACUAGGAUUUUAGAAAAAGUCAAAAUUUCAUUUUAAGGGAAAAUAUAUAACUAUCUUUAAAAACUUUUUUUUUAAAUAAAAGUAGCUUGCGCAUGUGGUUAUAUGUAUCAGUAUAAAUAAAUUAAUUUCUUACAAAUUAUUGCCCUUUGUAGGUGUUUUUAAGUUAUGGACUGUGUUUAUAGCAUUAAGACUUUUUAUACUAGCAAUGUUGACUAUUUCUAGGAAUGUUGGUUUUCUUUUGCCAACUAUCAGUUUUGAAAGAAAGUUAAUUUUUUAUUAUUUCUUUGAAAUAGUUGAUUUUAAUUGAUUUAAUAAAAAACUUGUAUUUA